CUGGAAGACUGGACGUGUCAAUCGCUCCUCACAGAUAGAACAAUUACAGUCGGCCGCUUUACAGUGACAACAAAAGGACAGGAGGGCAGGAAAAUGGAGUAUAGUGAUAUUGAUGAGGACGAGGGACGAAGUCCCAUGCCCUCUCAUCCCGUCAAGGUGCCACAUAAACGAAAGUCUAUCCUGAGAAAACCGAGCUUCCGUAAAGAGGAGCACUUUGAAAACUGUGCUCAGGCCCAUCGAACAGCUCCCCUCUAUCCAGCAGCCGCUUCUCGCAUAGAGGAUCUGACCCGCCGUGGGCUCACCGGAAGCACCACGAUUCUUCCGGGGAUGAAGUUAAAGAGAUCUAACAGUGAUACCUUAACGGCGAACGCCUCGAGCGCGUCGCUUGGCCAGGAGUUUUGUAGAGCUCAAGAAGCAGACGGAAGUGGACGGGAUUCAAAGAGGGUGACGUUCUUGACCGAAAGUCGGGAUUUGUAUGAUGGCGACGAUGAAUCUGAACACGAUAACAGCGUUUUUAGUUUCAACCAGGAGCCUCUCUGAUCCGCCAAAAUAUUCGCGACCAACUUGGAUGUCAGAUGAGAGCGAACCGUUGAUCUUGCUGGACAGCAGGUCUGGUUAUUCCGACAUGGGAACUAGUGCUCUUAACACACCUGAUAGGGAGAGAAAGAACCUUGGUUUAGAUUUCUACGAAGGACUUAAUAAGUCUCCUGGUACAAGCUUAGUCGAUGCUCGUAAGGUUAAAAAACAUAGCAAUCCACCUCUGGCGAAUUUGUUUUCGGUAAAUUCGGUUGAGUCAGCUGAUUGUGCUGACGGACCAGUUCCUCCUAAGCCAAGCCAACCAAUAUCAAUGCCUUCAUCCUUACAAAACUUAUUUGGUCCACCCCAAAAUCAGAAGCUAGAGAAACCCUCCUCUGGUAGCAAGUCAUUUUCCUCUGAAAGACCACGCCCGUUCGCUCUUCCGAUGUCUCCCUUAGCACGUGAAGAGAGUUCAUCUAAUUCUCGUUCUUUUCCUGCACCUCGGGUCAGCCGCUCGGCUCCAUGUUCACCAGAGCAAGAAAGACGGAACACCCUCCGACAAAUUUCCGAUCCAGUGACCCCUUCACCUGAAAAUGCAGCCGUGCUUCCUUCAAAACCAGGAACUCGCCAGCGGAAAACGUCAGCAAAUAUUCCGCUCUCGAAAAAUUCCAGCGAUUCACCAUCUGGAAAUUCCAGAUUUGCGGUCGAUACCACAUCACGGACUCCUACGGUGCAAGAAGCGGAGUCAUUGUUGUCACCUUCCAGAAGAAAAUCGUCAUCCGGAAGUUCAAGAUUGUUGGUUAGCUCUGAUCCGCAGGCCCCUGCGGUAAACAGUUCAGCGCAAGUUGCUCAGGCUCCUUUGGCAGAUGAAAAUUUUUCAAUUGAAACCCCGGCACCUUCUAAACCUGUAAAUACGCCGAUAUCGAGGGUGAGUGUUUUUCAGUCUGCCUUAAAAUGACGCAUCGACCGCUUCAGCGGUCGGUUGUCGUGCCGAACAUUGGUGCUCAUUCUCCCGCAAACUCGAAGGAACUCGUAAUUUGGGACCGUUCAUCAGUUAUCGCCUGAGGGAUUGGGAAAUGUUGGUUGUAUCAUGACAAAAUUUACCUGACUCUCCCAGAAGGCUUUGCAGUACUCCUAUAAUCCUCACUCAUUGGUAGUUACUGACAGUCGAUUUUCUAUAGUCACCCCUUGGUACUCUCCCUCCGUUCCUCCUGAAAACACUGCAUCCCCCCCCAAAAAAAAAUACUCCGUUCCCUCCCCCCCCUCCCUUUCAGGGAAAAGUAUUGACCAUUCCCUAAUAAAUUUUGGUCACCUUCUGUAAGUCUUAGGUUAUUUUAAAUGAGGUCUCCUGAUGGCCUAGAAUUCUCAAAAGUACAGAAACUAUCGUCAGAAAUAUUGGUAAGGGGGACUUUCGAAUCCUAAUUUCAGUGAGGCGCACUUAGGAACUGAAAAACUUCCUCAAAAUGUAGACUCACGUCAAUCUUUCAGUCCUAUGAUCAGGAAGUUUAUUCUCCUAAGUGAUGGUUAUACAAUUCUUUAUUGUAUACUCAGGAGAAUCUGGCGUUAUAUCAUUAUAAUGUCGCCCAGAUGGUAAUUUUCUCAAUUCUCAUUACUCGCUCUCCUGGGAGUGAAACGGUUUGCUCUUGUUCGUCGUCAUUAGAAAUGUGGUUCUUUCCAGUAUUGAACUGUAUGCAGUAUGCAAAUUCUCCAUACUGUACUCUAUACAUUUCCUAAUUAAAGGAGAAUUUGUUUAAGAAUCAAGAGCUUCUUUAAUUUGAGAUCAUUUCCUUUAUUCUCAUGGCCUUUAUGUGUGAUUCAGGGGUGAUAUUUUAAGGAGAAAUUAGAUGCUAGUCAGCUUAUGGUUGCUGCUCCAAGGGUCAAGGGGUUACCUGUUUCAGGUAUGAUUUUUACAUAUCCCUCUAGGAUUAGGAAGUGGGAUAAAGGAUUAAACAUUAUCCAGAAACUAUGCCACUGAUAAUAUUCUUUUCCUUUGCAGUUCAAUGUUGCAAAACGAUCAAACAGUGUUAUUGAUUCUGAGAGAGAAGACAAACCCCUUGUGUCGUCGAAUAUCCCAAAUUACGGGUUGACGGACUCCUCCCCUCCUCCGUCAAGAUUCAAAGUAAACUGUCCACAAAAAAUAUCACAAGAGACUAAGCAACAGAGCGAGGAUGAAGAGGAACCGGAUUCGUUUCAACUCUUAACUGUUGAUGGUGGUAGUACCGAGGUUUUCAUUUAGUACCGUAAGGAGUCUGGUACUAGUCAAACGAGAGAUAAGGGCCCAGUCUAAGUUCUUGGAUUGGGAUCAAAAUAUACGGCAAGGCCUAGGUCGGAGAUCCAACGAAAGUUUUGUUAAACGCUGAUCUUGAAUUCUUUCAAGAGGAUGAUAACGUGCUUCGUUUCCCAGUGUAGAGGGAAAAAUUUCUCAGUGACCUCUGAUUCCUCAAAGUCGUGCGAUUGCACUGUUUACUCAUCACAGGGGUGAACUGAAAGUUUUUUUCUUUCUUCUCCCUUACCUCCCUUACCUCCCCCCGUGGGGAGGUUCAUUAGAGCGUUAAAGACAUUUCACCACAGGCAUUGAUUCAGGUUGAAAUCACUCGGAGAUAGUUAUAAUAAUUACCGGAAGUCAUCAGUUAUUUUGUUCACGAAAGUUUUUUUAAAUGAAAUUGUUGCCAAACCUGAUUUGGGAUAUUGUGAUAUUCUUUUGAGAGGUUUAUUUGGCCAAAAGCUGUGAGAUGACUGUGGCAUCAGCUGAUGUUAAAUAGUUACGAAUGCAAAUUCCAGUCAGAUGUUCAUGCAGACAUGUUUUCCCUUUUUAGGAGUCCAAUAAGAGCAAUAUAGGAGAUAUUUUUUUGUACUUAAGCUUUUCCAAACUAUUUUCUUAACUUCUUCGAGAAGGUGGCUAUUUCGGCUUGAAGUUGUAAUAAAACGUAAAGCUAAAAGUUAACCCGGUCAUCUGUAAAGGUAUUCAAUCUACGGCCAUCUUGUUCCUAUGGCGACUGGAAGAAACAUCGGCAUGUAGCGAGAAAUGUCGAUAUCUCUGAUUACUAAUCAUUUUGCAAAAUGAUACUUCCUCGAAAUUUCAUGAUGAAGGAUUUUGAAGUAAUCCCAUAAAUUGUCCGAAUUUCAUGCCAUGGGAAAAAUCCCAGGGUUAGGUCCUUUUAGGAAAAGUAACCCCAAGCUUAGAUGACUCAAGUGUAGGUCCGCAAUGAUUAAAAUGCCCGAAGGAAAAUAUAAAAUUUGCGACUACUGUAGGGACAGAUGAUUAUUUAUUGCCGGAGGGGGGAGGGGGGGAUGGCGGAUUUUGUUAGUGUCACGAUAAAGUUCAGCUGAUCCUUCAUUUGGCUCUGUGAUGCUCUGAUGAACCCCACUCUCCCUCUCUCCUUUUAUUGGCAGUCUAAGUUGGCGACGACUGAUCCCCCUCUGCCCCCCUCCCAAAAAAGAAUCCUCAACCUCAAUCUUCCACCCUCCCCACCGGGUGAUAAAUAAUGACUCGUCCCGUUGUUACAUGACACAAAUUAGUAUCGAUACUUCGACGGAGGAAGCCGGGCUCCUCUGGAUUUGAUCUUCAAGUACACACAGAGAGCUCAUUUGCUGCGUGUUACAAUGCGACCAACUGGCCGUGAUUUCUGAUUUACACCUUCCUCGUUACGUGCAUCCAAUUGUCAAUCCUUUGCACUGUCCACCCUCUAAUUCUUAUUAUUUCAGCACCAAGAAGUUGGUCCUAUAUUUAUUCAAAGUCGUAUUCUUUUUUUAUAUAAAAAUACUUCUAUGAUCGCUCUCGGUAAUGACGAGGUUUAUCUUAGAAGCAAUAUUCAUUCUAAAUGAAUUAAUGACAAUUAGCGUUGCAACAGCAUUGUGGAGGCAUGUUUGAAUCAAUUAACGGAACCGUCGGUGCAUUUGAGACUUGAACAGAAUUUAAUCAUUAACAAGUUUUGUUUGAUUAUAGAACAAUAAGCAAUUGACACACCUCCAAAUAGGAGCAGAUUAAUUCUUGUCCUGUCAAACAAGAAGCAGUGUUUAUUUUCCGCUUGGAAGACGUUGGUUUUCGCUCAUUCGGCCGCAACUUUUUACGUCGUUCAGUGACAAACAAGAACUUGAACUGUUGGGUUUCUCUCUACCGCUUUCGUUGGAAAAAAACUUUGGCUCUUGAUUUUGAAGGUAAGUUUCUUUGUUCUUCUCUACGGGGUAACGACAAAGGAAUUUAACUCAAUAUAAAAUUCACCACAGUAUUCGUACGUUUCUUUGGCGUUCUUGUGGUCAUGUCGGCUCAGAGAAUGAAAAUGUUGUGUUCCAUCAUGCAUGCGUUAGAGCUCGGAGACAACUUAUAUACCGUCUAUCACUAAAUUACCGUCCUGUCAUUUUUUUUUUUUUAGUUUAGUUUAAGUGAAAUCUUAGAUAAGCUGAAGUGUCAAUAGCUUUUGUAUUCAUACCGGAGUUGCUACGAACUGAAUUUAAGAAAUGAGGCUUAAAAACUUGGCUCUUUUUUUAUCGUAAGGUCAAACAGAAAGCGCUGUCCGAAGGAAAUCGGAUCAUAAAUCAAAGAUUAAAUGUGACGUAGCUUUUAGAGAUCAAUCUAAGUUCACAAAGGGGAGAUUCUAGGUUUGAGUCCUGACUUGGUUAUUAGUUUUCCGAUUAUAAAUGUGUCCCGAACGGAAGAAAAACGACUUUCUCCUUAUAUUGCGUUUGAGCCGGAACCUGUCACAAUGGAGUUUGACAGGCCCUUCUUUUUUCACCAAGAUAUUAUGAAGAAGUACAUUGCUUUUCUAUUCUAGCGUCUACAGGAACAGUUUAAUUGUCUUUUUGGCUUCCUCUCUCUUCUCAUAGCGAGUGAAACAGCUGAUUUGAUCGCCAAGACUCCGCUUCUGAUAAAACACGAAAGAAAAACACAUUUAAAGAGGAAAUAUGAACGAUCAGCGCGGACUGAAGGAUUCAACGCUCCGAUUUUUUAUUUUCCUCUUAAAUAAUCCCAAAUGAAUAAACUUCCCGCAUCAAAACAACGAUACAAAAGCAAUGUUUGCUCUAGAGGGAGGAGCCGUGGGCGUAGUGGUACUUUUGUUAAGACCUGGGUCAGCUCGCAGUCCACUCUUAUUUACAUUGCAACAUCUCGAGUAAAUCGGUAUACCGUGAAGACUGUGAACGCUCCCUCUUUUUUUUUUUGUUUUGUUCACUUCCUUGGUUCUUUUUUUGUGUGUUUCUUUUCAGUGCUCUAUAAAUAAAAUUGAAAUGAUCUUGUCAUGUCAGUUCCCAGUCAAAAAAUCAUGACUACGAGUUCUCAGGAAGAGAAAAAGCGACACAAAGUCCAAAGUGAAAGUACGCCUAUCGAGGAAGAAAACGAAACCUCAAGUCCUUCCAUUUAUGGCGUGGUAGCAGCUCACUCACUAUCAAAAGAUAUCAAGCAAAAGUCACUACAUUUGAUUAAAGUCAAAAGACGACACGGGGACUGGGGACAGUUCGAUUUGACGCAUGCGUGGUCACCGGAAGACCCGUCGAGUAACAUGGGAAGUCGGCAUGGUAGUGGACUGGCACGAGAAACAACAUUGGUUGAUGAUAAUUUGACUAUGGCUAGACCCUUUGUUAUGGAACCUCUGAGAACAUUUCAGGUUUGAUAAAACGCCCGUGUGUAAGGCCAACCCCUUUCCAAAAGAGGAUCCAGGGGGAGGGUUUGGGCAUCCGAACUCCCCCCUCCCCGCAACCCACUGCGACUUCCCCCCCUCAACCCACUGCGACUUGUUUGUACUACUCGUCUGAAUUCAAAAUUCUUCCAACGACAGGAUCACACUAGAUUCUGUCUGUUAAGCUUUAGGCUUUCGUCUAUGCCUCGCUUACGGGUCCUCUAACAUAGCGUCUAACCAACGGAGUUCAAAACUGUUGUAAUCAUCUUGCGCAAAAAGUAUCCUCUUCUAGGCCAGUACCUAGUUUAUAUACGAUUAACUCAAAUCCCUGAAGUCAUUGGCCCUUUACAUUGAGGUAGAGAGAACGAAGAUAGCUUUGUAUAAAACCUCAAUUAAAAUGAUGACCUUCUUACCCCCCCCCCCCCCCCCUUACACCCUCCACUGCUGAAGUUUCAGAAUAGAUGAGCGGCAACUGAGAUUUCUCUCUGACUUGUUACUUGUGUCGUUAGUGAUUGAGUGUGUAUUUAAAAAAACACGAAGGCAGCACAGUCUAAAAACGGAUGAAAACUGCCAGAAAAGAAGGCGCGCUGCUAACUUUUAACAGCAAUCUCCUUCCGCUUUCUCUCUGCUCUCAUGAACAUCCAGUUAGCCAAAUUAUUUAUGCAUCUAUGCCUUUUCGCUUCACACAGGAACACAGAGUCAUACCAAUCAUUCAACACGUUUUGGAAACAAACCUGGCUGAACAGAAAUACGACCCAGUCUUCUGCAAAGAUGUCACCGUUAAAAUAACUGAAGAGAUCAAGGAACGAGUAAAGAAACUGUGUUAUCCUCGAUACAAAUUCGUUUGUCACGUGAUUGUGGGUGACGUCAAUAAACAGGACGUAAGAGUUGUGAGCCGGUGCGCAUGGGACGCAGCGGUAGAUCGUUAUGCGCAGUCUGAAUAUCGAAGCUUUUAUCUGUACGCAGUAGGAAUUGUUUAUGGAAUUUACUGUGAAUAAGAUGUGCUAUUGAAGCUGCUUUAGGACUUAGAUAUGAGCAUCUUUUCUCCCUUUCCUUUCCAGAGACAAACAUGAAAGUAAAGAAAUACCAAAUAAACGGUCGCGUUCUAAUAAUACUUCGAUUUAAGAAUACACUCACUAAAUUAUAUGCACCAGCAUAUAAGAUCAGAGUAUCUGGUUCCUUGUAUAAUAAUUUUUAUAAGAGUUUGCUUUGUCAAUCAAGUUUGAUCAGAAAAAUCCUGUAUUGAAGACGCAACUAUUAAAAAAGUCAACUACGUUCCCAAUGACAUAUUAUAAUGACAUAGGAGGAAAUAAUGGAGAGAGAAACUGGGAACGAAGUUGGAGACGGUUCAAUGAUUAACGCAAAAUGGUUCACCUUUUAUGAAGAAAACUCGAGGGAAGAGAAGUCUGAACAUAUAAAUAAAAAUCUGUAAAAACUGAGUGUUGAGUUUUUUGCUUGUUUGCUUGUUUGUAUUCUUACUACCGUUUUGGACUUGAUAUCCCCCCGCCCCCUCCGAAAUGUUCGAUCCAUCUUUUGUCAACUGAACACCAGGAGCAUGCCAUCUUAUCUGUCAGAUCUGAUUAAAGGUCUUUGAAAAUUUAGGAAAUCUGCUCAAUACUCAGGCAUUAGUAUCUCGUUCAAGCCAUUGCUGAGUUACCGUUGGCCUGCAGCGCAGGUGUCUUAAAGGGCGACUCAACGUUACAAAUUAGCGAUCCUUUAAUUGACCGGCCAUGUAUGAUUUAGAGUAAAGGUGGACGGUGGGGAGGGAUGGGAAGGGGUGAGAUAAUUUCUAUUUCUCCACUCCCUCUCCUCCCUUCCUCUUAACCUUCGCUCAUUUCCUUAGGACAAUUUUUUCUCCCCUAGCCUCACGCUGCUGCAAAAUUGAAGAUGGCAGCUCAUGGCAGCUAAGGAAAUAAUGAGCAUUUGCUCUCAAAAUACUACACCCAAUGCCCCUUAUUCAGGGAAACAAUCUCAUGCCCAGAGUUUCUCUCCUUUGCCCUCCAAGGCAGAAGCUAGAUUCGAGAGAAGACGGUUAUGUGAAGAACCAAGGGAGACUUUUGUCUGAGGGGUUGCUUAACCCUUUACACCUUAACAUCAGUAGGCAUAUUCUCCAUACUUUUUUCUAUACAUUUUCUAUGAUACUGACUAUGAGAAUUUGUUUAACAAUCAAGAGCUUCUUUAAUUAGUGAUAAGUUCCAAUAUUUCCGUGGCCUUAAUGUGUGCUUCAAGGAUGAAAUUAGAUGCUAGUCACUCUUAGGGGUAAAGGGUUUAUGUCGUUUUUGUCCAGUUUCCUUACUGCGCGCGGCCGGCAAAUAAUGAUAGACAAAGAUGGCUGCCGAAAAAGGAGGCUUUUCGUGGUCCUUCUUCUACUUCAAUCGUUCGUUCGAGAAUUGAUGUAAUUUUUGGGGUUUUUCUAAAUCAUAAAUGGAAGGAAAAGGUUCCGCAAGGGGCGUUCAAAUCGGCGGGAGUUUUUUCUUUAGGCUUUGAGGAAGAGCUAAGGGGCACCAAACACGGCUUUUUUCCCAAUACAGAGUUCUCUGUUUAGCUUACCUUUAGCAAAGUUAUGUUUCGUAGUAAAUGUGCGCACAACGAAAUACUCGUUCAGAAAUAAAAAUCAUUGGCUGGGAGGGCUCAUUCGUGUGUACCAAAUGUUAUAAUAAAUUGCUAAGGGAACACGGCCAAGGAGAGCUGUAGUUUCAGCAUAUAUGGCGCAUGCAAAACUUGCUUGCAAAACUUUGUGCGUUUUUUUUGUUUUUGUAUUUGCUUGUUUCUACUUAAGGAGCUCUUCUUUGACAAAAGUUCCUCUCCCUGUGUUGGUUUUGGAUCAUACCUCGAAUUUAUGCAGAAGAGAUCAUGAUACCUGUGAAUAUGGUGCUUUUUUUUCAAUUCGCUAGGCGCGAAGUUUUCCGUUUUUUCACUUGAAACGACUGUUAUUUCAAUGGAAGACCAAAUUUACGCAAUUCUAUUCAAGGUACACUAUUUUUUGUCUUACUUUAUUGUUUGUGGUAGGUCCUCUAUGCUUUGCCACCCCAGUUUAUUCUUAUGAUCGACGACAUCAAUACCAGCAAUACGAAUCUGUGGAAAUACGUGGAUGACACAAUUAUUGCAGAGUGUGUUCACAAGAAAGAAGGCAGUCGUAUUCAAUCUGAUGUGGAGGAACUGAUUGCUAAGUCUAAUCAAAAUACGUUCCAGCUAAAUGAAUCGAAAUGUAGGGAACUGCGGAUUUCGUUCGCUAAAUCAGCCGCGGACUUUGCUCCAAUUGUUAUCAACGGGAAAGCAAUAGAGGUAGUGUCUACUGUUAAGUUGUUGGGGCUAAACAUUUCUUCUGACCUUCGGUGGAACUGUCAUGUUGCUGAAAUAAGUAAAAAAGUUGCGAGUCGAUUAUAUUUUCUUAGACAACUGAAGAGAGCGAAUAUUCCCACCAAAGAUCUGCUAAUCUUUUACAGGACUUGUAUCCGCACAGUAAUGGAAUACGCAUGAACGGUGUUUCACAACGCGCUUCCUGCAUAUUUAUCUGUUGAGUUAGAACAGCUACAGAAACGUGCUAUGCGAAUUAUUUUUCCGUUUGUUCCAUAUAGCGACGCAUUAAAUCAAGCCAACUUGGAGACGCUCUCCCAACGCAGGCAGUCUAUCACAACUAAGCUUUUUGAUUCCAUCACCUGUAACUCAGACCAUAAACUGUAUAAGCUCCUGCCUCCUCAGAACAACUGUGAACUCAAUUUGAGACGAAAGAGGAAAUUUAAUGUUCCUCUGGCUAAGACGAAGAGACUCAUGAAUACAUGAGUACAUUUUUCUUAUAGUUUUCUCAUACUUUUAUUAGAUUUUACUAUUGUAACGAUUAAUCUAAUUCAGCUUUUGGCUGCGAUUUUAAUCAGAAUAAACUAUCUACUAUCUACUAGACGAUAUCGAAGAACUGCAUUUUAAAAGAAAUCAAAGGAAACUGUGGAUAAGUCGUGGAUACAUUAUGUUUGAAUGGGUUUUGAAGAUAAUUUAACUCCCCUUCACAUAAACGUACACUUUUACAUGUAGACAUAGGCAACCAAUGAGUAGUUGAAACUACUGAUUUAGAAUUACUUUGAAAUGCUGGGGUGAUGUUAGGUGAAUAGUCAGAAUUCACAUUUUGGCUCUCGUUUGACUUGCACCGUUCCUUAAACUUCUUUUUUUUUACCAUAAAGGCCUAUACUAUAGCAGAUUUCUAACAUAAAAUUUGUAUUAAUGUGCUGCAAAUGAAAGACUGGCUGGUUGGCUAUCAGUUUAGGUUCCCUCCGUUAACAAUAACUCACAACUUUUUUUUUUAUUUUUUUUAUUUUUUGCACUGCUGUCCACCCCACCAGUAUAUUUCAUGGGGAAUCUUGGGGAGGGGAAUGGAGAGGAGUAAGAGAGUGUUUGUGGGAAGGUUUUUGUGUUAUUUUAGUAACCAAUCGGUGUAGUUAUCAUGUCUUUGAGUAGCUUCAGAAAUAGUAAUUUCAGGUACAGGAUCAGUUGAAUGUAUUUCAGCAUUACUAGUGCUCGCGUGUGAAUUAGUGAGGAAUUCUUUCCACUCAUUACUCUGAUUUGCAAGAACAUCGUUAGCUCUAGUAUCAGGAUUAUCAAACCAAUUUUCCUUAACUUCUAUAUGUUCAUUUUUAAAAAAACAAUUCACUUGUCUUAACAAGGUAUUUUGCUGCUUUUAACACUUUUCUUAGCCUAACGUUCUGAAAUUGAUAAUGAUGCCUGUUACUCAACCUUCGUUUACGUCUGAUGGGGAUAGCUGAAUUUUAAUUGAAUUUACAUCAGCAGGUACAUUAGCAACAUUGCCAUGAAUAGAUAAUUGUCCACAUCUAGGGAGUUCACAUAUCUGCAUAAAUAAAACAUUCAAGAAGAAAUUAAUCUUUCUUUCAAAGGUGUCAAGUUUAAACAUUGUGGUUUCACAGGGAAUCCCAUUUUGUUUACUUUAUAACAGACUGGUAGCUUCCCAUUAGUCAGAUUUGAUUGGCAAUUAGAUCAAAUCUAUUUCAUAUUAUCUUUACUAGCAGUAGUAAUUGUACAUGCAUCAAGCAGUGUUUUGGAACAUUUACGAUAUUUGUUUGCUUCACACUUUCUGACAGAUGAGCAAUACCAUAAUUGAUCACAGGAAAUACAUUCAUAAUCAGGACCACACUUAAUGUUAUCUUGGAAAAUUUGAAUGACUUCUGUCAUUGUUUGCAUCUCUUGAGUAGAAUCUUGACAUUCAAAUUCAUGUAUUUGAUUAACUGCCGUACAACUUGGUCUUACAGUAGCUGGAUAAAGCAGGUCAUGGUCACAUGUCUUCAACCCAGACAUCAAGGAUCUAUUUCUAUUCUGUGCAUUUUUGUUCACUUCUCAUUCAUGCAAAGUAUUACUCUUUUCACUUUUGGCAAAUGCCUGCUUAUUCAGUUCUCUGAUAUGAUCAGGAUUUGAUUCUUUGUGUUUAUUAAAUACCCGCUUUUCUUAUGUACAUAGAAAACAUCAAAAUGGAUAACUCACUAAAAUGGGUUUCCUUCAAUGUAGUAAGUGGUCAGAUGACAAGCAAUGCACUAUGGAAGUUAGGUGAGGUAUUGCUAAUUCACUUUUUUUUUUAUUCCUCAGAGCCGUCGUAAAUAUUCCCAUACAAACUCCUAUGAAGAUCAACAGCUGAUGGACACAGUGGCAAAGUGAUUACACAUGCUUGUCUCACAUGCACAGAAAACAAUGAAAUCAACAAACAUUACCACAGUAAAAUGGCGGCUCUUUCACAAUUACAAGUUUUUGUCUAUAAUACAUGAUAGGGAUAAGAUUCCUGUAAUGUUCCUCAAUUAUAUAUCUUUUUGACAGGAAAAAUAUCAUGGUAACAGUAAAUUUUGAGGUUAAAGUCAAAGGAUGCGACAUUUUCGCAUCAUGUUGCUACUGUCGCACUUCCUAUCGUUGAUGGCUUUAAUGCAAAUCUAAUGAUAGCAAAAGGAAACCUCUCUAAAGAAACUCUCAAGGCUGUGACCAAUGAGUUUUCCAAACUUCCAGAUGUGGUACCUGUCUUUCACAACAUGGGAAAUCAUGAGCUCUCUAAUUUCUCUCACUGAGAACUUGAAUGAUCUGUUCUUCUCCUUUGAAAUAUACUCAUGAAAUACUGUCCAAGACUUUUUCAUGCAUUAACAGUAAAAAACCAACACUUUUGGUGAUAUCAAUAAUUUAAUUAAAUUAGAUUGAAAUAAGAUGAACUGUAGUACGCUCGUAAUCCAGCGCUAAUUUUCACACUUCUUCACCUAUUUGACCUAAUAAAUAAUGUUAGCUAAAUUAAGAAAACACGGUGAUACAAAUAAAGGAACACAGUCUUUAUGUGAAACACAUUAAAUGCACAUACGCACCCUCACAAGAGCCUUGAGACCCUCUUGUACACUACCACCACGCCUGAACCCGGGAAAAGUUACAAAUUUCAGGGGCAACUUUAAAACACAUCCAUUCAGACAUGACCUGAUUCCGGUCCCUAUUAAAUAACAAUGACUGUAGCCAAUUGAAACGCCGACGACGAUGAAAAGUUUUAAAUUAAAACAAAGUGUUUUAACGUUAAUGUUUUCGUUUAUAAAAGUUUUUGGAAACGCUCUUCAGAAUAUCUGGUAGAUUUAAUACGCUGAUUAUCAAAGAAAAUUCAGCCCUUAUCGAGGCCGCCAUUUUGAUGUACUUCGAGGUUGAGGAGAAACCGCGUGACACCGGAAGAACUGCAGACUCAACUUAGUUUAGGCCAUUGACUAAUAAGGUCUUUCAUUACAAUCAGCUGCAAGCGCCAUGCUUCGACUUCCCGCGCUUGGAUUAGCCAAUAAAAUACCAGGAUUUUCGAAAACGUUUUCCAACUCGCAAAUCUGAUUGGCUGAGUGUCGGUUGUUUAUGUCACGAGUUGCGAGGCGCAGUUGGGAAAUUAGUACUCGCCGUUGGAAAGGACAAGUCUGGUGUAUGAGCUUGUCAAAAUUGCAGAAAAUGUAUGUUGAUAUCCAAAUCUAGUCAGCCUUUUUCAUAUUUUACUCUUAGAGCGUCUGAUUUAACGCUAAGAACAUGUUAAUCCGUGCUCAAAACGAUGUAAAUGUUUCAUAGAUGGCUAUAGACGAAGAUUGGGCGCUUUGAUGGAAUUUCAUUCGACGUCAAAAUUUCGUAUCCAUACUUUGUUGUUUUUCAGAAAAUGGAAAAUCCGAACGAGGAUCAGGAUCAGAUGUCCACCUCAUCUACUCUGACGGGCUCCUCUGGACGUUCUGUACCAGUAGAGGACGUUCACGUAGAAUUUUCAGAGGUAAAAAGAAAUCACAACCUUUCAUAUUUACGCGAGCUUGACUUUUCGUAGUCUUGUAAUCUCCUCAUUGACCACUGUGUAAUAAACACGAGGUUUUGUGUUGCUUAACACUUUCUUCAUAACUUAACCAAUUCUUCUUCCUCAAUGAAGUUUCGAUUGUUUAUUACAGUAAUACAAUUUUUACACUUAGUUUGCUUCAAACAAUUCUCCGUGGGACACACAGACGUCCUAGGAGGCCUAGAAUAUACGGAAGUUUUGGCAUCAAAUGUAUAUGUUUUCAGAGAUCAGAAACUGACAAGCCUUGUUAGCUCGGUAGGAAGCAAUAGUAAAUUACAUUUGAACGUAGUCUAUAUAUACAAAAUGAAAUGUUGUAAGGAGGUCAAGGCGUGAUAUUUAGUAGCUGUUUAUUUGUUUUUAUAAGCUCUCCUAUGUAGCGAAUGCAACUGGGUCGAAUGAAAGAGUCACAGAUCAAGCGUCAAGCACGUAAGUUGCUUAUUUGGACAGCAUAUCUGCUUUAUGCUUUUAACAACGAAUAAUUCUCCAACUGUGGUCAACACUUAAAAGAACAGUUUAAAAUAACAAUAAACUCAGGUGAACUCUAGUUGCUAUAAAUUUCACAAAAUGACAUCUUAUGUUACCUAAUAAUAUUAAAAUAUAGUUUACCGGUUCAGACUAGUGCAUUAUUUUUAAUUUUCCACUGGUCAAAAUUUCAUUGUUGUUUGGAUCGUCAAAAGAUAAUUUAUUGGUGAUAUCUUAAUUUAUAUGCCAUGUGUGCUGAAAGUAAAACAUGGUUUUUGGUUUACUUCAAAAAAAUAAUGCCAGUAAAAUUUCUGCACAGCCCCAUACUACAUUAAGCAUUCAGUUCUUGGAUAGAGAAAAUAAUAACAAAAACAAUGCAUUGCCAUAGGGAAAACAGAUUUGUUUUACAAUGUUAUGGGGCUGUGUGGAAAUUUAACCAAUAAUGCAUACUGAACCUUGCUUAUUUUAGCACUUCUCGCAAUAUUGAAACUUCUUCUAUCCUUCUGGCUGAAAAAAAAUGGGAUGUGAGUUAAAUGUGUCAGUUGAUUAUUGUUUAAUCAAAUUUUUGUGGAAGAGAAAUCUAUCAUAAUAUGUCACACAAAUUAAAAGUAGUGUUGAUUUUACUUGAUGAGAUAAUCUGUUUUGUUUAUAUAAAAUUGUGGCACUCUUGUGCAACAAAUUGGACAAACCCACAGCCAUUUUAAGCUAGUGUUAUACCUCAAUCAGAUAGAGAUGCAGUAAACAAAAUAUAUAUGUCACAGUUUUUUUUUAUUUAUUUUCAGCCCUGGUGAUGGCGUAGCUCCUCACAACACUAAUGUAAUUGGUGAUAUAAACUGUGAGGUAGACACUGAAGUAAGACACCAAAGAUCACAAGUCAAUGGAAAUCAACCUCCAGGUAUUUAAAGCUUUACAAUGCAGUGCGACUCAGAGCCAAAUAGUAAACAGGUGGGAUACUGGGUUAAAAGGGUGGGUUCAAGUAUAUUUUAAGUUCUAACUAACUUACUUAAUCCUCUUUGUGGAUCCUUCUACAUGAGGUCUUUGUUAGGGAAGGCCAUUGAUGUCUGUCAGUUGCCUGUUGGCCAAACUACCCUCAUGUCUAGCCUCCAUCAAUCAUUUCCCUUUUUGAAUAAAGGGGUAAGUUUCUAAAGAAACUGUAGUACUGCGUCGGUGGGAGAGUAUAGCAGGUAAUUUAGUUUUAACAACUGGGUUGAAAACGUAAAUUAGCCACCAUAAAGGGUAAAAAAGCUGACGUUUCUUGCACUUAUUGCAAUAAGUUAUACAUUGGUGAAACAGGAAGAUGACUGGGUGACCGAUUCCAAGAACACCUUUGCGAUGUGGACAGAAAUGACAAGGACACAUCCAAACCAGUCGCUAGACACUUUAAUCUUCCUUAUCAUUCUAAACAGCAUAUGGCAGUUUGCGGCCUUUCCUUACAUCUAGGCAGUUCGGGAAAGCCGUAAAACACUAGAACAAAAAUUUAUAUUCCAAAUCGGCACCCUUAAUCCCCACGAAAUCAAUGAGCGCUUUUCAUUCAACUAAUUUAUUCCUGUUUUCUCAUCACCAUAUUCCCACCAAUGGCGUAGCUCCACUUUCUACAUAUAAAUCCACACACAACCCACAAUUCCUCUAAUUGCUCUGACAAAGGGCUAACGCUCGAAAUGUCAGCUUUUUUAUCCUUUACGGUGGCUAAUUUACGUUUUCAACCUAGUUGUUAACACUAAAUUACCUGCAUUUCCCUUUUUGCAUUUCUCUUUCAAGUUUUGAGUGACAAACAUAUGGGAGGCCAUUACAAGCAUGCACCUGUGACUCCAGGCAGGGCUGGUAGUUUCCUUUUCAUUUUUCCACAUCCUUUUGAGAUGUCAUAUGGCUUUCCAGGGAGACAUAAAUUUGGAUUGGGAAAACUAAUAAUGAACCAAAUGGGCCUAAUCUUCUUUUGAAUGACUUUUGUUAAAUUACUUCUGGCUUAACACGUAGACAUUUGCAUGUAUUUGUAUACUUAAACUUAAAGGAGGUCUUUCUGUAUUCAUUUAUACUUGUGUAUUUAUCUACUUCUUAAAUUUUUUUGCUUGACAUGAGGUAUUAUAAUAUUGGUGAUGUGUUAUCUCAUAGUUUGCUCUGGGCGUCAACCAUCAACAAAUGAAGAUUUGUUGUUAAAACAAGCACAAGAUGGAGAAAAGGUAUUGAAAAUAUUAAUUGUGUUUGAUAGUAAUGUCUGAGACCAAUAUGAUGAGGAAAAGGUAUGUGGAGGCCAUAUGCCUGCAAACCUAAGAUGAAGCUGACUUAAUUAUAUAUUUAGCUUUGUAGCUAUAAGUAGGCUAUUGAUUCUUCAGCUUUUUAUCUGUAAUGAUAUUAAGUGGUAACUUUACUGCAAUUUACCUCAAAAUUGAAAUUUGUAGUAAGGUUUUAGUCAAUGGUACAGAAAUACCGGUAAGCCCAAUAAGGCAGUUUGAGUAGAUAAAUGAUAUUGCUACAAGAUGAAAAAUUGACUUUGUUAAGUUGCCAUUAUACUGUCUGACAUUGGACAUUGUGUACCUUCACGUUUUCAAAGGCAUUGUUGCUGUAGUUGACUUGAAUCACUUAUAGUGCAAAUUCAGACCAGGCUGGUCCGAGGUUUACUACACUGAUACUCAAAUACAAGCCAUUGAUUGAAGAAGAAUGUAUGAUGAAAUUUAAUUUUGACAUGCAGAAAUGUUACUUCAUUUUUUCUUUACUUAUUUAAUAAAUUAAUCGACCUGGUAUAGUUAUGCUUUUCAUGGGCUGUUCCUUUUCUAUCCCUGAGUAAGGAAAUAAGAUUUCCCUUCAUUAAUUACUUCCUUUUUGAAGCAAAAUGGCAAAUUAUUACAAUAUUUAUUUGAAAGACAAAUCAAGUUUUACCCUUAUGAUUUUAAAUAAUUUUCAUUCUUUGUAUUCCAGAAUUCCCACUAUUGUUGUGGUGUUUGCUUGGAAAAUGUUCAGGUGAAUGGAUGCUGCCAAAGAGUAGCACACAAGGAAUGUUUGCAUGCAUCUGGUUUGAGUCUUACAAAUUGCAACUGGUGAGUAUAAAAACACUGAUUUGCUGGUUGAUACAAAAUUGCACAUUUUGGCUGAAAAUACAGAAACAAAGAUAUGAAACAAUUGGGUGAUUCAACUGUUCUCUAGCUGGGAAUGAUUGUUCCAGAGAACAGUGUUCAUGUCCAUGUUCAUUGAACGUUUGGCUUGUGUACAUAGAACUGAACAUUUAAUGUACCCAACUAAACUGUACCCUGCUAUAUCAACAAUGACCAGAUAUUUAUUAAACUUCAAUUCCAUUUUCAUAAAUUAAUGUAAUCAUGUUCCUGUCCAUUAUGAUUGAAGUCAUAGACAUGUCAAUGAGCUACUUUAGAUUGUGUUUUUUUCUGACACUUUGAAGUUCAUCAACAGGCAUUUUUACUUAAAGUUUGAGUUAUCAGGAAAAAUUUGAGGCAAGAGGUUAUAAAUGAGGAGUUUGAGUAAAUUGAGUUUGAAAUCCCAGGGAAAUUGGACUUUGUUUGAGUUAGCAGAGAGUUUGAGUCAAUCAGAGUUAUAGAGUGGUUCUCUUGAAAAGUACUGGAAAAUGGAUAUGUAUGAGGUUGAUAAUGAUCAACAUUGUGGUUUAAUUCAUUUUUCUAAUAAACAUUACAUUUAACAUAAAAUCUUUUCUUGAGAUAUUUAGUCCAAUACUUCUCUUUCUUUUUCUUGUUUUCUUUGUCAUUCUGAGCAUGUCAAUAUUGUACUCUUCUGUAUUGACAAAUUCUCUAAAAGAUACCAUACGAUAGCAACAACUAGAAGUUUUUCUCUUUGGUAGUGCUGGGUGAAAAUUCUAGGGUUGUGAAAAUCUCAGCAUGGCCAGAGGAGGAAUGGAGUAGAAAGUCUUACUUUUUUUUAAGAUUUUAUAUUUUCUGUAAUAGAUGUGUUUGUAGUUUGUCCUAUGUUCAUUGACUCUUAAUGUAUAUUAACACAUGACUUUCACAAUGUUAUAGUUUUCAUAGGAUGAGAACUGUCAACGGAAUUGAUUAUCCAGGUAUGUGGACUAUUGCAGGAAAUGUCUUUUUGUUUCUUUUACAGAGCCAGAGAGAUAGAUUUUAUUGGAACAUUUACAUAUUACAUAUUUCGUAAAAACAACACUAGCCAGCAAAAGCUUUAGAGAUUUUAAUUAUCUACUGAAUUGCAGUUCUCUGAAGAGUUUAACUAUGAAAGCUUGAAACUUUCAAUCAAACUGUUCAUGAAAAAGGAAUAUCAGUGCUCAAAAAUGCAGCUUGGUCAAACCAACAAAUGCAACUCAAGGUAUUAGCUUCUUUACUCCAAAUUGAAGUCCCUAUUUGGUCUGCAUUUUAAAACAUGUUCAAAGAUGACCAAACAGUUAUGUUUUUAAUGCAUUUCUUAUGUGAAUUUCAUUGAGUUGUCCCUUUUUGCAGCUGACUGACAUUUUUCCAAUAGAUUUCCAUCAAGUAAAUUGCUCUGUUUUCAGGAAUCUGUUUGUGUGACUGUUGCCAAUUGAAUCUAUAAACUCUCUCCUUGCUGCGACCCUCAGACCCCUUGUAAUUUCUCCUUACAGUAUUGCCCUUGGAUCACACAUUUAUGUCAUGAAUAUAAAGGAAACUGUCACCAACCAUAGAAUCUCUUGAUUGAUAGACAAAUUCUCCUUGUCAGCACCUUGGGAGAUGUAUAAAGAACAGUAUGGAGAAUAUGCAUACUGAUGUUAGGGUGUUGAAGAGUUUGUGAUAUCAUUUCUUGUUUUUGUUUAACACAGCUGCUCUAACAUCAUCUAAACAACCAUCAACUAAUGAUGAUGUUUCUGACACAUGGGAAAAUCACCCUCUACAGACUUUCCCACAACAUUCCAAGGUUUGAUUUUAAAUCCUGUUUUUCAUUGCAGAUGGUGAAGUUAAUUGUAAAAAGGGUAUUGUUUAGUUGCAAUCAAUUUAGCAGAUGUUUUUUUCAAAAGUGUUGAGUGACAAGAAACUAUUAUCAUUGGCCAAAUGUAACAACGAGGUAAUUAUGUAGUAUCAACUGAGUUGAAAACUUAAAUUGGCUACCGUAAAGAGUGUUAAAGCUGACAUUUCAAACAUUAGCCCUUGGUCCUUUGCUCUGCUUUAAAACUCUUUAUGGUGACCAAUUUAGGUUGUCAAUUCUGUUGAUAAUACUAAAUUACCCUGUUAUACUUUCCCACUGGUGCAGCACCAUAGUUUCUUCAGUAACUUACCCCCUUUAUUUAAAUGUAACAACACCACAGUUUCUUUUUUAAGGGCAAGGGGGGCCAUUCAGCUUAAUUUUUCACACUCUUUCUAAAAUUUGAAUUUUAUACCUUUGCAUUUAACAAACAGAUUGCUGGUGUAGCAAUAAUGAAUUCAAUUAAUCAAUUUUUUGGUCUUCAUUUUGAUGAUGUUUAAGUUAUGAUAUUUGAUAUUUGUGGGUAAUGUUAGGUCAUCAUAUCAUAUUUAAUCAUAAUUCUGUGCUUACUUAGCUUAUCUUUCUUUCUUUCAGGUCUUGUCACUGUGUUGUGAAAUUUGUGGAGAAGAAGAGGUCUUCAUGAAAUCACUGUGCUGCAACAGUGAAUACCAUCAGGAUUGCCUCAAUCAGUGUAGAGAAGAGGGUCACACAAACUGCCUUUAUUGCCGGUGUCCCAUGCAAGAGGGUGGUGGAAGAAAUGGUGGUGGAGAAGAUGACAGUAGAAGUAAUGGUGGCGGAAGAGGAAGAGGAGGAGGACUUGAUGGUGCGAGAGUGGAUGAUGAUGCUGUUGGAGAAAAUAAUAAUGGAGGAGGAACUGACAGUCAAGGAGGAGGUGAUGGCAGAGAAAGUGGUGACAGAGGAGGUGAUGAAGGUGACCCUGGUGGUGGAGGGGAUGAUGGUGGUGGUUGUGGUGGUGGUGGUUGUGGAGGAGGUUCACCAUUACCCUCUCAACCACCACCACCACCACCACCACCACCACCAUCACCUUUCCUUCAGCUGUUGUUGCCACCUCUUAAUCCACUGCUUUUUCCUCCUCAACCACCAUCAGCCGAUGAUGGAGAUGAAGAGGAAGAUUUUGAAAGAAGAGUUGAUUAUCAAGGUGGAAAUGAGAAUUCAGGUAACUUUUUUUCAGUUUUUUUAGCACCAAACCUACAAAAAAUUACAAGCACGUUACUAGUCGUGAUGACUCUUUUCAGCUUGUAGUUUAAAUUGCUACUGGUAUAUUGUUGAUGGGUGUGGUACUUAUGUUGAAGAAUGAAGCUUCCUUACUCUUUAUACUUAGAGUCAAUUCCCAGCAAUGACUGCCUUGUAAUGGGGUAGCUUCCUGUAUGGGAGUAGGUGAAACGCCCCUACUAGUUAGAGGUCACCAAAAUCUGGAGAAGUUUCUACAUUCUGGGCUAGUUGAGUGCUUUUGUGGACUUCGUCAUACCCCUAUCUGUCCCCAUCGUUUAGCCUCAAUUACCAGCCCCGUUCGUGAAUUGAGCCUGCGUACCACUCUGGAAUUGGGAGUUUAGUAGACCGGUUUGGAGAUGAUGGCGGUAAUCGAGACCACAUAUAAUUUAAACAAUGAUUAAAAUAUUAAACGUGUUUCAAAAAAGGUUGAGUUAAUGCACUCUGUUUAAUCCUAGCCUUCCCUUUUUUCUGUCAGAUCAUUACGAAGGAGACGAAUAUUAACAGAUCUAGAAAGCCUGGUCCUGAUGCACUGAGCCACCACGCUCCAUGGUUGCUUCAUUGAACAUUUAUUUUAUUAUAAUUAAUUGUUAAAUGUAACGGGCGUGCUGUUUAUGUCUACUAUUCCGCGCACGCUCCGUCUGAAUUCAUAUAUUUCCAUAAUUAUCGCAAUGUUUGUUACGUAAACCGUUUAAUUAGAGACGCGUAAUCUGGUUGUUCGGUUGUUCGGUUCAGUUUCAACCAAGCUUACCAGUUAUUAUAAUAUUGCUGACCAGUUAUUUACCACAAGUACGGAGGCAGUCAAGAAGUAAGUUUUCAGUUGAUUUUCAGGUUAUAACAAUUAAUUUUCUGUUCGUUUUGAACUCUUGUAAGGCCGAGUGCCAACGUGGUUUCUUUGUAUUUUAGAUCGAAUUGUGUUAUUAAAUGAAAUAUGGUUCUUUCUCCGUAUUGGCUCUUUGGUCUUCUUUUCGAAGGAACAAUGGUCAUCGUUGGGUCUCUCCUCUCUUCCCCCCCCCUCCCCCCCCCGAUCUUGCAAGUCCUUAAUGACUCAAAAAGUCACUAGGCAGGGAAAAAUACUUCAGUUAAAUGACAACGAUAAUUAAAGUAGAUUCUGAAAUGUCAUUAAUGGAAUUGAAAUUAGUUUAUUAUGGUAAUACCACAUAAAUAUAACUACCCUGAACUGUUAGCUUCGUCAAAAUUACCUUCCAUCACAUCAUUGUGUGUUCUAAAUGUUUCAAACUUUGUACUCAAGUAUUGUAGUCUGAUGGUGGGAAAAGUUUGUUGAAAUCAUGUAACUUACUCUCAAAUUUGCGUGUCAAAAUGCAACCAACUGGCCGCGAUUUCUGAUUUAAACCUUCCUCGUUACGUUUAUCCAAUUAUCAAUGCUCUGCACCGUCCACCCUCUAUUUCCUAUAAUUUCAGCACUAUGAAUUUGGCCCUAAAUAGAAUAAUAUAUUCUUUUUUUUAAUACUUCUGUGAUCGCUCUCGGUAGUGACAAGGUUAAUAUGAGAAGCAAUAUUCAUUCUAAAUGAAUUAAUACCGAUUAGAGUAGCACUAGUAUUGUGAAGGCAUGUUUGAAUCAAUUAACGGAAACCGUCAACCCAUUUGAGGCUUGAACAGAAUUUAACCAUGAACAAGUUUUGUUUGAUUAUAAAACAAUAAGCAAUUGACACACCUCCAAAUAGGAGCGAAUUAAUUCUUGUCCUGUCAAACAAGAAGCAAUGUUUAUUUUCCGCUUGGAAGACGUUUUUCGUUCGCUCAGCCGCUACAUUUUCCGUCAUUCAGUGAAUACGAACUUUAACUGUUGGGUUUCUCUCUACCGCUUUCGUUGAAAAAACUUCUUGUUCUUCUCUACGGGGUAACGACAAAGGAAUUUAGCUAAAUAUAAAAUUCACCACAGUAUUCGCACGCAUUUCUUUGGCGAUCUUGUGGUCAUGUCGGCUCAGAGAAUGAAAACGCUUUGUUCUAACAUGCGUUAAAGCUCAGAGACAACUUAUAUGCCGUCUAUCACUAAAUUACCGUCCCGUCAAUUUUUUUUAGUUCAGUUUAAGUGAAAUCUUAGAUAAGCUGAAGUGUCAAUAGCUUUUGUAAUCAUACCGGAGUUGCUACGAACUGAAUUAAAAACUGAGGCUGAAAAACUUGGCUCUUUUUUAUCGUUAUGUCAAACUGAAAGCGCUGUUUGAAGGAGAUCGAACCAUCAAUCAACGAUUAAAUGUGACACAGCUUUUAGAGAUCAAUCUAAGUUCACAAAGGGGAAAUUUUAGGUUUGAGUACUGACUUGGAAAUUCGUUUUCCGAUUAUGAGUGUGUCCCGAGCGGAGGAAAAACAACUUUCUCUUAAUAUUGCGUUGGAGUCGGAACCUGUCACAACGGAGUUUGACAGGCCUUUCUUUUUUCACCAAGGCAAUAUGAAAAAGUCCAUUGCUUUUUUAUUCUUGCGUCUAUAGGAACAGUUUAAUUGUCUUUUUUGGCUUCUUCUCUCUUCUAGUGGCGAGUGGAGCAGCUGAUUUGAUCGCCAAGAAUCCGCUUCUGAUAAAACACGAUUAUAUUUAAAGAGGAAAUGUGAACGAUCAGCGCGGACUGAAGGAUUCAACGCUCUGAUUUUUAAUUCUCCUCUUAAAUAAUCCCACCUAUAUCGAAAUUAAGAAAAUAGGAUAAUUUUUCCAAACAAGGUCAUGAAAUGAAUGAACUUCCCACAUAAAAACAACGACACAAAAGAAAUGUUUGCUCCUGAGGGAGGAGCCGUGGGUGUAGUAGUACUGUUGUUGAGACCUGGGUCAGUUCGCAGGCCACUCUCAUUUACACCGCAAAUCUCGUGUAAAUCGAUGUACCGUGAAGACUGUGGGCGCUCCCUCCUUUUUUUUUUUCAUUCAUUGCCCUGGUUCUUCUUUAAUGUGUGUUUCUUUUCAGUGCUGUGUAAAUAAAUUGAAAUGAUUUUGUCAUGUCAGUUCCCAGUCAAAUAAUCAUGACUACGAGUUCUCAGGAAGAGAAAAAACGACAUAAAGUCCAAAGUUAAAGCAAGCCUAUCGAGGAAGAAAACGAAACCUCAAGUCCUUCCAUUUAUGGCGUAGUGGCAGCUCAUUCACUAUCAAAAGAUAUCAAGCAAAAGUCACUACAUUUGAUGAAAGUCAAAAGACGACACGGGGACUGGGGACAGUUCGAUUUGACGCAUGCGUGGUCACCGGAAGACCCGUCGAGUAACGUGGGAAGUCGGCAUGGUAGUGGACUGACACGAGAAACAACAUUGGUUGAUGAUAAUUUGACUAUGGCUAGACCCUUUGUUAUGGAACCCCUGAGAACAUUUCAGGUUUGUUAAUACCACGCCCGUGUGUGAGGCCAGCAGUUGGCAAAGGGUGGAUCGAAUAUUUCGGACGGGGCGGGGGGAUUUCAAGUCCAAAAUGAUGAUAAAUGCUCAUAUCUUAAUCCCAGGGUGACAAUUGCAAGAGCAGCUUGAAAAGCACGUCUCAUUCACAGUAAAUUCCAUAAACAAUUCCUACUGCGUACAGAUAAAAGCUUCGAUAUUCAAACUGCGCAUAACGAUCUACCGCUGCGUCCCAUGCGUACCGGCUACCAACCCUUACGUCAUCUUACAUCAUAAUGACAUAGGAGGAUAAUUUCUAUUUCUCCACUCUCUCUCCUCCUCUUCCUCGUUACCGUCGUUCAUUUCCAUGAGACAAUUUUUUUUUCUCUUAAUGCAAAAAUCAUAGGUGGCAGCUCAUGACCGCUAUAAUUUUCUUCAAGGAAAUGAUGAGCAUUCGCUCUCCAAAAUACUACACCCACUGCUCCUUAUUCAGGGAACAAUCUCGCGCCCAGAGUUUCUCUCCUUUGCCUUCCAAGGCGGAGGCUGGAUUCGAGAGAAGACGGUCAUGUGAAGAACCAAGGGAGACUUUUGUCUGAGUGGUUGCUUAACCCUUUACACCUUAACAUCAGUAGGCAUAUUCUCCACACUUUUUUUUCUAUACAUUUUCUAUGGUAUUGACUAUGAGAAUUUGUUUAACAAUCAAGAGCUUCUUUAGUUAGUGAUAAUUUCCUAUAUUUCUGUGGUCUUAAUGUGAGAUUCAGGGAUGAAAUUAGAUGCUAGUCGCUCUAUGGGAUUAAAAGGUUAAUCUCGUUUAUGUUCAGUUUCCUUACCGCGCGCGGCCGGCAAAUAAUGAUAAACAAAGAUGGCUGCCGAAAGGGAGGCUUUUAAUGGUCUUCUUCUUCUUCAAUCGUUCGUUCGAGAAUGGAUAUAAUUUUUGGGGUUUUUUAAAAUCAUAAAUGGCAGGAAAAGGUUCUGCAAGGGGCGUUCAAAUUGGCGGGAUUGUUUUUUUAGGCUUUGAGGAAGAGCAAAGGGGCACCAAACACGACUUUUGUCCCUAUACCGAGUUCUCUGUUUAGCUUACCUUUCGCAAAGUUAUGUUUCGUAUUAAAUGUACACACUGCGAAAAACUUGUUCAAAAACAAAAUACAUUGGCUGGGAGAGCUCAUACGUGUGUACCAAAUGUUAUGAUGAAUUGCUAAGGGAACACGGCUAAGGUAAGCUGUAGUUUCAGCAUGCAAAACUUGCUCAUUUUGUGCGUUCUUAUCUUUUUGUUUGCUUUUUUUUUCACUUAAGGAGCUCUACUUUGAUAAAAGUUCACUUCCCUGUGUUGGUUUUGGAUCAUGUCUCGAAUUUAUGUAAAAGGGAUUAUGAUACCUGUGGGUGUGGCGCUUUUUUUUUAAUUCGACAGGCGCGAAGUUCUCCGUUUUUCACUUGGAACGACUGUUAUUUAAGUUAGUUAGAAGAAAAGAAGAAAGAAGAAAAGACAAAAAUACGAGUGGUCAGCGGGGAAACAAAUUUAAUAUUUCACAUAGAGAUAUAUCAGUUGUAGUUGCAGAAAACAAUAGUGUUGCAAAGCCGAAAUGUUGACAGUGUACUUCGCUGAAUAAAAUGUUAAGCAAUUUUUCAAAAGUUUGAUGGCACAUAUAUCUUUUACUGCUGUAUUAAACAUUGGAGGCAUCGGAAAAGGCACCGGUGGCAUUCGGAAAGGCGCUAAGAAUAAUUAUAUUUACGUUUUGUAACUUGCAAAAAACAAUCGUGUUGUGAAGCCAAAAUGUUACAAGGUUAUACUUCGCUACUUAAAAAGUUAAGCAAUUUUCCAAACGCUUUGACUGGAACAUUAUUUUUACUGCUAUAUUAACCAACGGAGGCAUCGAGAAAGGCAUCGGUGACACCGGGAAAAGCAUUGAGAAGAAUGAUAUUUACGAUAUGUAACUUGUUGUAUGACGAAAAAAAAUAUCUUGACUUGUCUAAGACGUUAAUCACAGUUGGUUUGCUUUUCACUUGAAUUUUGUAAUCGCGACUUUCGAUUCCGGAAAAAUGAAAAGUUUGGCAACUCUAAAAAAAAUUUCGUCCUAAAUUUUUUAAAUUUUUUAGUUAUUAGUAAGUUUGUAUCCACAGCCUUUAGGUAAGAAAUUUAAAAUUUCCAUCAGCUGUAGUUCUUCUAGUGUUUAUUAUAUAUAUAUUCAAUCGCUCAUUUCAUGUGAAAAAGGCAUGCAGGAAAACACUGAGCUUCGAGAAACAGCCAAGUUAAGGCUAAUGUGUUUACCAUGGUUAAAUAUUUAUAAUCAGGGCCACUCGUCUAGGAGACCUUUUUUCCAAAGAUCCAGACGUUAAAAUAAUUAUGUUUUCCGUUCGAAGUGGUUUUUUUUUCUAUUGAAUUUAACAAAUGAACUCGGGAUGAAAACCGAACGGCAAUGAAAUCAGUUGUGUUGGUGUCUCUGUCCCCCCACGUCUCUGCGAAAGGUAUAUCCAGACAACCUGCAUGGAAAAACUGACCACAGCUAUCGCACCAAAUUUUUUAAAAAAAUCUUUAAAACUAAACUAGUGAGUAGCACUUUGCGAACAGUAGUUGUAAAAUUUCUUUAUUCUCCGACGCUUUUCGUCUAACUGUCGUAGACUUCUUCAGGGAGAUUUACAAUUUAACACUAAACACCAUAAAGGCUUGGCCGGACCUACGAAUAGGAACAGAUGAAGUUGUGAAAAAUUUGAACAUCUUUUGGGGCAAGGUGGGAAAAUUCAUUCGGGGACCACGGUUUUGGUUUUCUUUUUUCGUCACGCACGUCACGCAGCAAGUUACAAAACGUAAAUAUAAUUCUUCUUGGUGUCUUUCCGGAUGCCACCGAUGCCUUUUCCGAUGCCUCCAUUGUUUAUUACAGCAGUAAAAGAUAUAUGCGCCAUCGACACUUUUGAAAAAUUGCUUAACAUUUUAUUUAGAGAAGUAUACUGUUGAUAUUUCGGCUUUACAACACUAUUGUUUUCCGCAACCAUAACUGAUAUUUCGUAGAAAAGGUUGUGGUUAUUCAUCGUGGUGAAUAACAAUAAAAACUAGGUUUUUCGUUUAUAUCACGAUGUAGUAAAAUGUGAUGUAGAUCGCGACGUUUCGACUGCAUACUGCUAGUCUUCUUCAGGUUAUGAGGUCGACUGGUCAUGCGUGAUCUCACAAAGCAUGAUGCUCUGCUGUGAUUAGUUGUUUUUCAACAGCUCUGAUUAGUGCAUUUCGAUCCUUGCUGUUCACUCAGUGAUUUGCUCCCUCGACGGUCCGCUCUCGCACGGCUCUCCUGUUGUGUUGUGUUUUUUGAUCGUGGGCAUCCACGCUUCUGGAAUUUCUAUUCCACUAUCCCUGUUAAUGUUGUUAGGGUGAAGUCUUAUAUGAAUUGCCUCUUUGACCCUGCGCGUGUAGUAAUAAGGCAAAGGCUGUAGCCCUCUAGGUAGAGGAGAUUUGUUAUUGCUGCUGUUGUUGAUGUGGUACUUGUUGUUGUAUUAUAUUUUAGUUUGCCAUUUGUACAUUGUAUCUUAUGGGAAACUAUACAAUGGAGCCUGUAGAACCACUUGAUUAUAACCCUUCUUUCUAUCAACCCAUGAGGGAAACUGUAACUAACAGAUGUCGUAAUAUUUUGAAACCCAUCUGGCUCAGGACAACUUAUGCUCGUGAUACAUUGAAAACCAUUUCAGUACGCGACUCAUGGUAAUUUAUUAGGUGGCAAGACAGCAUUGAAAGAAUCAGACCAAAAUAUUAGAUAAUUUAAAACUCCCAAAAAUGACUGAUUCAGGUAACUUCUCCCUAUAAUAUCCAAACACUAUCCAGCAAACAGAUAAUGAUAAUACUGAAACUUAUCAGGCAGAAGUUAUCUUGAUCUUACAUCAUAUUCUCAUAACUUAUUUGCAAGUAAAUGUGUAACAACUAGAAGGGAGAAUUAACAAUCAGAUCUUGGGUAUUUAAGAGUUAAAGGAAGAGAACAGAAAUGCAUCCUCUCAGCUACUGAUCUCAACAAUGCUAGUCCUUUACACACAUUUAAGUUUCUGUCAGUGAUAACUUUCAGUGAAUUGAUAUUCCCAUUCUUAGUACUCAGAGGCCUUCUGACACAAGGGUUUGCUAUACUAGUUCUUAUUGCAUUGUGUAAACCAAUGUUAUGAUAAUGUAAUUUUGAGAUGUAAAGAAGACUCUUAAAAGAUUGCGAAAUAUAUCCAAACCAAGAUAUUUAUUUUAUACUGUUACAGUUACCAUAAGAUUUGUGUGAAAGAGAAUCUUUCAGACCAUCGAAUUGUAUGAGAAAUUAUUUUUUGCGAGACUUCUAUCAAACUUUUUUACUAUGAGGACAAUUUUGUGAAUAAUAAAAUUUAGUGUCAUGCUACAUCUUUUAUGUUGAGAACUCUUUUAGUUGGUGAGACUCACUUUUUCUUUUUUUCAAUUUGAAACAUCAAAUUGAUUGAUGUAUAAAGCACACAAAAUAUUUUUUGGGAGUUCCUUGUGGCAUCCAUAGUGGAUUACUAUGCUAUCAUAAAAAACAAAAGCAACUACUGAAAACUGCUUUUGUCACAAUUGCUACCAAAUUUGUGUCAGUUUUCUCGGUCUGCCAUAAUAAGUGAAAACUUAGAAGAUACAGCGUCUUAUUAUUUUAUGAAAAGCAAUUACUUUCCAAGAGUUUCUCUGCCAGGAGUGUUUUAGGCAAGCCAUGUGGUAAACAGUUGAGCAAUAUUGAACUUAUUGACUUACUACCGGAAUAAAAAAAACUCUAUUGAACUUAAAACAAUUCAGGUACCUAAUAGAAAAUUUGUACUCAUUUUGCAACGAUAGUUACCCUCAUCCAUAAUUCGCAGAGGAUAAGAUAAAUAUUUAGCAAAAAUACAUGCCUCCAUGCAUAAACUUGAAGAAGUGAAAGCUCGUAGGCGAACCAUUGGGGCCAUAAAAUGUAUUUGAACAACCAAAAGCGGCACACUGCUUUCCUUUCUUUUUGGGAGAAAAAUUAUCUUAAGCGAGAUUUCGGCUAGGACAUCCAUUUUCCUUAAAAAUCGAACAAUUUUACUGCCCACGUACGGAUUUACCAAAAGCGCUCACAGAGAUUUAAUCCAGUGAGAUAACGCACUAAUGCUGUACUAAAAAAUCAACCGAUUACCUUCAACUAAAUAAGAUUUCCGUUAAGGUUUCCGUUCUAAUCUUUAGAAAUACAGAUAAAUGCCAGCAUGUUCCUCCAGCUACUAAAUUUAUUCGCCCGUGAAAUGCCUUUAUACUCUCGCGCUCAGAUUGAUGAUUGUAAAACACGAUUCAGUAGAGGAAAAACUCUGAAUCUUUGCUUAGAUUUCUUCAUUUCUGGUAGUGGACUCCUUGGUGAGUCAUUAGGUGUUCAAAGACUGAUCUGUUAAUUUUGCUCAAAGAAAGUACCCUUCAACUGCAGGGUACGUCAUCCGCCAUCACUAAAGCUAAAGCGAAAAAGAGACCUCUGAUAUUAACAUUUAUUCAAAUUUUCAACCUUGCAAAUUUAUUCGGAAAUUUCGAUAUUGAAACAACACGAUUAACAUUUAAACAAUGGUGAAAUUAUUGUUUUUUUUUUUUUUUUUUUUUUUUUUUUUUUGUAAUCUGCACCAACGACGCCGCAAGGCGGACCGGAAGUGUUUUUUUGUUGGUUUCAUUUCCUGUAACACCACAGCAUGUCGUUCACGUGUGUAGUAGCACCCAGGUCUCAUCCUUCUUAUAGCGUCCAUGAAAACAGAAUUUCACCAGGCUCAUAAUACCUACCACAGUUGUACCGUUGCACUUAUGUCCUCUUAUUGCAGAUAUGUCCUCUGACGUAAUGUGAUACAGUGGCCAAUCAUAUCCUGCGAUCUAUCGAGCGACACGCGGCUUGGGACUGGUUAAGAGACUCCGUUGUGGUUAUGUCUUCAAGCAAAAGUACUCAUUCAAGGGGGUCGCGAUAAGUGGAAAAUUUGACCAGUAUUUUCCGGUAACUGAUCUGAGGAAAACAUGCUGUUUGCAUGAUCACUGCGAACCGGAUCAUUGGCCUCUCAUAUUGCUUUCCUUGAAGUUCUAUCGUUCGUUGACGCAGUGAUCGCAUCGUUUUUAUAACCUAAACUUGGAAGAACAAUUUGCUGCGCGUGAAUAACGAAAAAAAUGGAAAAUUAGGGCUAAAGAUUUGAUUUGGCAAAAUUGGAAACUCGGAGUAAAGAUAGCAUAUGUGAGCUAAGGGUAUUAUGAAUUCUCAGAGUUUACCCCAUUUUUCUAGAACUAAUCUAUUAAAACAAAGGAAAAUCUGGGUAAAGAUUUGACAUCACAACUUAGGUUAUAUUCCACUUGCAUGAUGAAUUGUCAAAACCUAUCCCGUUUUCUAGAAUUCGUUGAACAAAUGGAAAUCAGGGACAGAUUGGACAUUGCAAGUUAUGAUAUUAACCACUCGUGGAAAGAAUUGUCACGGUUUACCCCGUUUUUCUAGAGUUAUUUGAACAAAUCGGGAUGAAGAUUGGAUAUGGAAAAGUUAUGAUAUUAUCCACUCGUAGGUUGGUUCAGAAAAUGGAAAAUUAGGGUGAAGAUUGGAUUUGGCAUGUUGGGAUAUAUUCUACUUGCUGGAUAAAUUGUAAGAAUUCAAUGAAAAAUGGAAAAUAGCGGUUAAUAUUGGAUAUGUCAAGUUGGAAUACAUUACAUAUGCAGGGUACGAGCUAUUUGAUUGUUUUGAUUUUGGAAUGCGCUUAAAACAUGGAAAUGCAUGGGAAUGAACAGAUAUACCGCAUUUGUAAGUUAGAUCGCCGGAAUUGCACCCUUUAUUCGCGUAAAAGAAUGUUGGGAUGGGGGUAGGUGUCGAAAGGUUACCCUCGGGUGAAGUCAAUAAUUUUAGCCGGUACAUUGUAGAAUCCCAGCACAAAGCCUGGAGAUUAUUGGACAAAUAUCACCGAGCCUGAGGAGAUUUUUAUCGCUGGAAAAGAGAAUGUAGCCUUCCCUAUAAAAUAUUUAUCAGUCUGCAAGUUUUGAUGCUAUGUUUCACCACUGUGGUGUUCUUAUUGUUGAGACCGGUCUGUAUAUUACUCACACCCUUGGAAUUUAAGUCAAUUUAGCGUUAAAAAAAGUUUUCAGACAAUUGGAAAUUUUCCCAGAAGUCGCUGUAUACACAGAGGCAUGUGCAUAUAUUGACGGCAAACUAUUGAUUUAUCUUUGCUUGACAAGCAAAGUGUACAUAUACAUAGAGGACUACGGGUUCUAUGCAUCGUCAGAUAAAACAUUGUAACAGAAUAUUUAAAGAGUCGAGUGCAAAGGAAGCCAUUCCAAAAGGAUCUUAUUCCAGAGAGACAUCUGCCCAAAAAGCAGUAUGCUUAUACGAGAAAAGAAAAGAAAAGAAAACUUACGUAAUUCAGAUUUAAUCAAAUUUUUAACAGAUGACAAUAUUAACAAGCAUUACUUUCUUGUCACUAUUAACACGCAUCACGAAAGAAGACAAUUGAGCAAUAACUAUCAUUCAUGCUAAUACUAAGUCAAGGCUUUGUCACAGUUUCUUUCUCAAAAAGAUAUUGUAGAUGAAUAUGAAGAGUGAUUUUAUCCAACCGGUGAAAUUGGUCAUAAACUACUGUGCAUUACAAAAUUUUUGGUUUAUGUCAUGUUUUCCACACACAACAUGGGGAGAACCAACAAUCAAACAUGCAUGCUGGUGUCAUACAGGUUUGUUUACAUACUGUUUCAUGGGUUGAGUAAAAUCACUCUAGUUGUUCCUUUUUUAAUGUUUCAUAUAAAUUUUGGUUACCUUUUUCCUGUUAUGAUAUCUUUUGUUGAUAAAAUCAUCUUGAUAAAUAGGAUACAUUGUAAGUGUUUGGAACAAAUAAACACUUUUUUUGUGUCAUUUAAGCAGGAGUGAUUGGUGCUAAAUAUUUUUUCUAACGACAUGUGCAAACUGUAAUUAAUCUAACUCAAAAUUCAGGCUUAAAUUGCUCAUCUAACAAACAAAUGGGUAGUUAAAAAAAAAACUCCUUCAGUUGUACUUGAACAUGCAACACUUCCAUGGAAAUAAACAUCUUCAGUACAAAUAAUUCAAGUAAAUAACUUCAGGUGAAAUACUGAUUUUUUGGAAUUUGUGAAAUAUAAAGUAGACUACACUGCACUAAUAUACAAUAAAUCCAUUCUAUCCUUUUUUUACUCACUUGCAACUAUUUGGCUCUAACUGUUCAAUACUAUUUGACAGAUUACAGAAAGUAACUCUGUCCUUCCAAUUUAUUAUAUAUACUUUUGAAUAAAAUAAAGCAGUUGACACCAGAUCGAGGAGUCAAGGCUAUUUUAUUCACCCAUUCACUCAUAAUGGUUGGUAAGAUUUCUUUUUUAUAUGGGUUGCUGUAAACGUAAAGAUUUUAAAUAAAUUCUUUGCAAUUUAAAUGUUUGUGUCAUUUUUUAAAAUUUUACUGCUCUGGAAAUGCACUGGAUAUGAAACUCUGGAACUAAACAACUCCAAAGGAGGUUUUGUGGACAAAUUCAUGGGUCUGAUGUGAACAUGCUUAAGAGGUCACAUUCUCUAUUGAUGUUCUCUGGCCAUGUCUAGGUACUAUUCACAAUUUGGAGCUGCGGAAUUUUGGAUAUAACUUGAAUUAGGCAUGCUUCAAAACCCAAUUGAAACUGUUAGAGUGAACGCAUGACCUGUUAGGUAUUUAAUUAUUAGUAUUACACUGUGCCAAAUAGCUUUCCUUUACUGAUUUUAUUUAAAAUUACAAAAAGUCUUUCUCCUCAAGUUGCCUUCAUUUCCAGUCUCUCCACAUUCCAUAAUGAUGCUGUUUUGUAAUGCUCAAUAAGACCCAUCCAUCACUAUCAACUUGCUUUAAGAUACUUGCCACAUCAGUUCUGUGGUCUCCUUGGUCCAAAAUUCCAAGGCUCUAUCCCACUUGUAAAGAAAAAUCUCUGUCUCAACCUACCCAUCCUUACCUGCCUCCAGUAAUCAAAAUUAACCUUUUUUUCUGUUGUCAUCACUGCAUGGUAACACCCUCUUGGAACAUUAAGGCCUUGGAAUACCUUCCUUCCUUCCUUCUUUCAAAUAGAGAAUCUGUAGGGUUGGAAUCUGUGAAGAAAAUCAGUCUCCAUUAGAAAAGAAACUUUAAUGACACUCAGCUGAUGAAAGACUGUCUUUACCAAAUUGGUAUUAAAAUGCACAUUUGGCCUACUUUCAUUGGGUUGGUUGGACUUCUUUGCUAAUGAAGUACCACUAACCUUGAGUAUCAGUAUGUUAAUGAUAAUAUGCUAUGAAUUAACUCAAGGGACAAUGAAAACAACCUCAUCCUUCUGUUAACCCAACAAACAAAUUUAGCAAUCAAAGAAGGAACAUCAAUCAUUAGAUGUAUUUAUAAUAAUUUCCCUUAAAAUUUAUUGCAGACAUAAGGCACUAAAAAACAUCCAAAACUGGUCAUCAAAGGACACAUAGAACAAAAGCAAUAGUAAUUAUAAUUGUAAUAAUAGUAAUAAUAAUAAUAUUCCCCUAAACUACUUGGCAUGUUACAAGAACAUCUCUACAUAGUAUAAAAUAAUAAUAAUAAUAAUGAUAUUCCCCUACACUACUUAGCAUGUUACAAGAACAUAUAUGCAUAGUUUUAAUUAAUAAUAAUAAUAAUAAUAAUUAUAAUAAUAAUAAUAAUAAUAAUAAUAAUAAAGUAAGAGAAAACCUAAACAGAAGAAAACUAUAAAUCACUCAUAAAUUCUGCAUACCUCAUAAGAAGCAUCUUUGGGAGGCUUGAGGAGCUCAAACAGGACAAAAUCUUCAUCAUCUGGUUCACUGGCUAUAAAAAAAGCAUACAAUGCUUUCAUUAGCAAAUAACAAAAAACAAACAAGGUUUAUAGAGAUAAAUAAUUAUGGAACAAUGUAGCAAAAAACUCAUCUUACAAAAACAAAGAGACAAAGAGUGAAAAUGGUCAACAUAAUUAUUAACUACCUUGAAUAUUGUUUUCAUUUGACAGCUGUGUCUUUGUCCAGUAGUUGAAUGUCUAAUGGUGAAAGAGGAGGGAGGAGAACAAAUAAAUCAUCAUUAAUAUCGUCAUAAUCCUCCUCAAAAUCUCCUGAUUCAUACUCACCAGGAAAAGCAACACCAAAACCAGCAGAAACCUCUUCCAUGGUUUUUCCAGUACUAAAUGGACUCACUCCUGUUUUGCAUUUCUUGAUUCCAUCUUCACCUAUUCUUGCACUGCUGUCUUCACCAGCACAAUGCGCAAAACAGUAUCUGCCAGUUUUUCAUCAACAUAUUUCUGGCAUCCAUUGAAGCUACAAUCUGCUAAACAAAAUAUAGUAUUUGUAAAUAAGUACUAGCUAUCUAUGAUUGCUACCUUUAACAUACACUCACUGAUUAACCCUUUAUACCCUUACAUCAGUAGGCAUAUUCUCCGUACCGUUCUCUAUACAUUUCCUGAACUGUUGACAAGGAGAAUUUGUUUAAAAAUCAAGAGCUUUAUAAGUUGUUGGUCAUUUCCUUGACUCAUGUGGGAUGUGGGGUGAUAUCAGGGGUGAUUUUGUAAUGAGAAAUUAGAGGCUGGCCACUCUUAGGGUUAAAGGGUUAAGAUUUUUUCUUUCAUUAAUGUAUUGCAAACUGUACAUAACUAGUAAAGCAGAUCCUAUUUAAUGGUUCAGAGAUGACCUUUCUACAAGUAACUGGAGUUGAGGCAAUGGAAGGUAUUAUUGCAUGCUCAGUGUAUUGUAGCAUAGUAUUUAAAAGUUUCCUGUUUCUGAAUUCCAGCAGUGGAUAACUCUUGUAUUCCAGUACUGUUAUUUUCCAGCCCCUCUCAGCUGUUCUCAGUUUCUCAGCAGGAGUUAACUGUUGUAUUCCAGUAAUGUUAAUUUCCAGCCCUACACAGCUGUUCUGAGAUUACCAGCAAGGAAUAAAUAUUCUUUUACAGUACUUACUUGUAUUUUCCAGCCCCUGCAAGCUGUUCUGUCAUUUUUGUUUUCCAGCUGGAGGUAACUGUUAUUUCUAAGCACAAUAAUUAUUUUCUGGCCUCUCUAGGUUGAUUGGAGUUUUCCUGCUCGAGUUGACUGUUAUUUUCUGUAAAACAGAAUAAUAUACAUAAGGACCCAGGCAAGAAGUGAAGAAACCUUCCUUGGAAACCUUGGAAACAAGACAAUGUUUUUAAUUGCUCAGAUCAAAACCAAAAAAUUGUAUUGUUUGUUAAAAACAAUGUUAUAUAAUGUUAAAUGUUACAUAAUGUUAAAAAUAUCAAGGCCAACAGUAAUUCUGAACACAAAAUUUAAUAAAUUUGACACCUGUGGAGUAUAUAGCAUUGCUUAUGAAUGAGACUAGAAUGUGCUUUUAAAUUUCCAUCAUACCUGAAUAAUGUCUGUGUAAAAUUUGAGCUCAAAUAUAGUAUUUUUAACUUAUAAAUCUACUCCUAGUAAGUAGCCCUGGCAACCCUAUCUUUACAUGUAACUGCCAAUAAAAUAACCCUCCAUCUUCAUAAAGAUCUAAGUAAGCUUUUAAGGCCUUCCUGUCAUUUUUUUAAAGCAUGGCCUCACAAACUUUUUCUUUUGGCUACACCCAUAAAAAACAUUUAGGGAAAGUCAAAUAAUCAACAAGCACAACUAGUACUUAAAUACUAAGUUAGCAAUUGACUGAGACACCAUUAGCACCACAAUAAAAAAUGCAAGAACCCUCAACUGGCUGAAACUUGCAUCAUUCAGUUGCAUACUACUCUUCCCACAUUUCCUAAUAAAUUAACCUAUAUUUAGUGGAUACCUCUAUAACACAGA